AUGGAGGUCAAGGUCGGAUGCAACCUGGAGCUAGACAGACGAACGUCGUCAGAGCUGACAUUCUUUGGCCAACGGUGGAAACAGGCCCUGUACGAGGACUGCAACAUUCAGCGCGUGUGCCGAUUCAAUGGCGACACCGCAGACACCAUUGACGUGAUCAACGGGUACACGUUCCGCACGACAGCGCUCAAUAGCGCACAUGUGGACAUAGUCAAGGAGUGCGCGCGCGACAAGGACUUCCGCUUCAAUUUCUGCACCGUUUACGCAGUUGCAGAGCAGCAAUGCCGCCUUGCCAAGUCGAUUGCGUGGACCAAAUCGACGGCUGCCUCGGACGCGUGA